AUGUCUACUUUCGGCAAGCAUUUCAGGGUCACCACCUACGGAGAAUCUCACUGUAGAUCUGUGGGCUGCAUUGUUGACGGUGUUCCGCCAGGUUUGGCUCUCUCCGAGAAGGAUAUCCAGCCUCAGUUGACCCGUCGACGACCGGGCCAAAGCGCCCUGACCACUCCUCGCAACGAAGCUGAUGCGGUUGCUAUUCAAAGUGGUAUCGAGGAUGGCGUAACUCUUGGAACCCCUAUUGGCAUGGUUGUGUUGAACAAAGAUCACCGCCCCAAGGACUAUUCUGAAACCGACAUCUAUCCCCGUCCGUCACAUGCCGACUACACAUACGUUGAAAAAUACGGUGUGAAAGCCAGUUCUGGUGGUGGUCGGUCUUCCGCUCGUGAGACUAUUGGCCGCGUGGCCGCUGGAGCCAUUGCUGAUAAGGUUUUGAAGUUGGCCCAUGGUAUCGAGAUCGUUGCCUUUGUUUCUGGAGUUGGAAACAUUCUCAUGGACCGCGAUCCCUCCAAUCCCGAAUUUAUCGACCUUUUGAGCACUAUAUCUCGCCAAGAAGUUGAUGCCGCAGGACCCAUUCGUUGCCCCGAUGAAUCGAUCGCUGAUAAAAUGGUCAAGCUUGUGGAAACUUGCAGAGAUAACCAUGAUUCGGUGGGCGGUGUUGUCACUUGCGUUAUCCGUAAUGUUCCUAUUGGGCUCGGCGAACCUGUUUUCGACAAGUUCGAGGCUGAACUCGCUCAUGCCAUGAUGUCUAUUCCUGCCACUAAGGGCUUUGAAAUUGGCAGUGGCUUUGCUGGAACUGCCAUGCUUGGUUCCAAACACAAUGAUGCUUUCAUCGCUGGUAAUGAUGGCCGUCUGCGUACCAAAACAAACUACUCUGGUGGCAUCCAGGGCGGUAUUUCCAACGGUGAAAACAUCUAUUUCAGCGUAGCCUUCAAGCCACCUGCCACCAUUUCAAAACCUCAAGACACUGCAUCCUAUCAAGGUGUUGACGGCACUUUGGCUGCUCGGGGCCGCCACGAUCCUAACGUGGUUCCUCGAGCUGUUCCGAUCGUCGAGGCCAUGGCUUCGAUCGUCGUGCUCGAUCUUUUGUUGGCCCAAAACGCCAGAUCCAGUCUGGCUGGCUUGGCAGAGUAG